UCAUUGAUUGAUGUCAAUUUGAACUAAACCAUUGUGGGAUAUUAUUAUGGCGUUAAGUGUGGGAAAAUCAUUACUGGAACUCAUAGAUGAGCAGCAACUCCUGAGAAUUCAAAUUUUCUUCGAUAGAGAAGAAGGAAGAAGACUUGACGAGGAAAAGCUGAAAGAUGUUUUAUGGAGGGUGGCAAAAGUUGAUUAUCCAGACGAAGAAUUUAGUGUACUUUUCAACAAAAUAAACUUAUCCAGAGAUGGCUUUGUGACAUGGGAUGAAUUCAUAUCCUUCCUGAUACUGACCUUCCAACAAAAAGAGAUACAAAUAGGCUACGAGUCCUUGGAACCUCCAAUCCCAUCUCCCCCCACCAUGCUGAAGAGCAUGCAUCGUCAUCCUGUCAACACCAUAGCAUACUCCCCAACUGUCAGACCUGACAGGACCAUAAGUUGGAAUGACGGUAGCGUCAUGACAUGCAGCAAGGACGGUUGCAUCAAUUACUGGUCAUUGGAUAUGCAGCACGAAAGACAGGUGCAGUCUUCCUGCAUCCUAUUGAAGGUAUCACCGACCUGGGUACUAACCACGGUGGUGAUGCCUGACGUCAGCAUAGUCUGCACGGCAGGCACGGAGAGAGACCUCAGAUUUUAUGAUACUUCAGCCAGAAAAUUCGAACUCAGGGUCAUGAUUUCCUCGAUAGAUUACGCAGUAGCAGCUAUGCACUACGUUUUUAGCCAAAAUAUUAACGAGGAAUCUAAACUGUUGCUUGGAGAUCUCCACGGUAACAUCAGGGUGAUAUACAUCCAAUCAGCUGGAAGAGGACCUUUUAAAAGCACCCCUGGUAUACCUCUCUUAAGCGUACGUUUCGAAAAAAUCAUACGGAACCAAGUGGAAGGUUUCCGGUAUGUGGAUUUCGGAAGACAACAUACAGACUUUGUAAGGCAGAUAAGUUGGUAUCCUACUUUGCACAGCAUUGUAUCGUGCGCAUCGUGUCCAAAAGUGGCGAUGCUCAUGAAAGAUAUCACCGGGGCGAAAGAAAACUACACCUACAAGAUCCCUAAGGGCGUUUGGUGUUUUAGCGUUGUCGAAGGCAUUCAUCUUUUUUCUACUGGCGGUCCAGACUGUUUGGUUAGAAUUUGGAAUCCCUUCGUCCGAAACAAACCAACCGCCAUCCUCUACGGUCAUCAUACUGGAAUAGUACACAUGGUGCUACAAGAUGGUGGGAAACGCUUGUAUUCCCUUUCCAGGGACAAAUGCAUAAAGGUUUGGGAUGUGGCAAAUCAGGUAUGUCUCCAGACAUACCUGGGCCUGCCUCCUGAACUGGGGGAAUAUAGCGACUUGGCAACGUUGUAUAAUCCUGAGAGCAGACAGUGGAUCAUCGGCAGUCAGAUGAUAGCUAUUAUUCCGUUGAGUCCAAAGCAAGAUGGGGAACAUACUGAUGGUAACACGCAUGUCGGUGGAGUUUCAGUGGUUUUGUAUAAUCCUCUUUACAAGUUAGUUGUUACCUGUGGACUGGAUAGCUACAUCAUAGUGUGGAACCCCUGGGAUGGAAGGAGAAUGUGCGUGGUAAAAGACGCCCAUACAAAAUUAUUGCAUGGCGAGAACCUUCCUAUAGAAAUCACUGCUGCAGCUUUCGAUCCUGGAUACCAAAGGCUUCUAACCGCUGCGCACGAUGGAACUUUGAAAGUUUGGAACUUUAAUACUGGCACUUGUUUGCGCAACAUGAAUGUUGGCAGUGGGCAGGAGAUUACUUCUGUGGUUUGGGUCAAAGGUCGAAUGAUGGCUGUAGGUUGGAACAGAAGAGUAACAGAAUUUGCCGACGGCACUGCCGCUGUAGGACCUGGUGGCGUGUUCUGCAAGAACUGGGAUCUGCGCCACAAGGAAGACAUAAGCUCGGCUGUUGUUAGGGUGCCUCAAUCUUUAGCCACUGCCACCUACAACGGUGAACUGAUAUUGUGGCGACUGGAAACUGGGCAAGCCUACAAACAGUUCAAUGUUUCGGAUCCUACGACUAGAAUUAAAAUUCAGUAUAAAGUGGUGAAAGACAGGAAGAAAUCGACCGUUUUGGCUACAGUGAGCAAGAAAGCCAGGAAGAGCGUAAUGCAGGCAAAGAAAGAAUCUGUUGUUACUGACGAGAUGAAGAUCAAAAUGGCCAAGAGAGGCACCAUCAUGGGAAGAAAUAUACUAGGUGCGAAGAAGCUCUCUAUGGUUAUGGUGCCUGAGGAAUGCGUUCCCUUGAGAAAAUUGGCUGUUCACUGUAUGUUAUUCCUGGAGUUCAGGGAGCCUGAACCGAACGUAGGGACUCUGCUCGUUUCUCUGGAGAAUGGUAGUGUUCAGAUGUGGUCGCACCAUACGAAUGGAAACUUCAUCACUUCCUUUCAGGCUGUUCAUAAGGCUGGAGAUUACGUUAUCUCUAUGUGUUCAAGCAAAGACAACGAAUAUCUAUUUACAGGAACCUCGGUGGGCUAUGUGAAGGUAUGGUUGAUCAUCAAUUUUUGCACACCGCACAAAAAACGGGUUUUCAUGCCGAAAUACAGAUUGAUGUUCCCAUUUUUAUGGAGAGAUGUAUUCGUUGGCAGAGCCAAACGUGUUGUUACAAAUCAGCCCGAACCUUUACUACUCAACAGCAUAAGAUGUCACAGGAUGCCUACUUCUGGAAUAAUCUUCAUUGACGAAGCUGAAAUAUUCAUAACGUGCAGCACAGAUUGCAGUGCUCGCAUGUGGACCAUUGGAGGUCGUUACAUUCAGACUAUAGGAACGUUUAAAGAAUGGAAAAAGCUAGAAGUUGGAGUUAAACCACCACAAAAUUUUGAAUUCAGCGAACCACCAGAUAUAAAACGAGUAGCAAGCUCUACGACAUUCAGAGUAUUACGAGGUGGAACGCUGAUCAAGCAGCUGUCUAAGAAGAAGCUGGCGCAGCUAGCCGCUAGAGAACUAACUGCGGUUGAUUAUUCCAAAGUUUACGGCAAACGAUUGGAAGAACCAAUAUUAGGUCAUCAUUUCAAACUUCCAGAUAGAUCAGCCUUGCCUCCAGACAUCAAAUUCGAUUCUUCCUUCGCAUAUAUUCCUGUGUAUCAGCAUCUGAUAAUGCCACAGCCAGUUGCCUUAACAAGACCUCCUACACCACCAGCUAUAAAAGAAAUAAUGACCAUCAAGAUUGAAAAAGAUAAACCUAAACACAAGCCAUAAUAACGCACAAAUAGCAAUAUAUAUAUUUUUUAAAUAGAUUUUUUCAAAGUUUUA